AUGAAAGCACCCAGCCAGCCCCUCCCAAUCCGCCUCAUAACCCACAACGUCCGCUACGCCACCACCCACCCCUUCAAAGGCGAGGAGCUGUGGCCCAUCCGCCUGCCCAGGUUGCUCGCCGAGCUGAAAUUCAACACCGCACACAAUCCUGAGGCGUUUAUCUGUCUACAAGAAGCGCUUCACCACCAGCUCGUUGACAUUCUGCAAGGCCUGAACGCGGGCAUUACCGACGCCGAACAGCAAUGGGGCUACGUGGGCGUAGGCCGCGACGACGGCAAGCAAGCGGGAGAGUACUCGCCGAUCCUCUUCCGGCGUGCGGUGUGGGAAGUGCUGUCGUGUGAGACGAUUUGGUUGUCCCAGACCCCGGACGUGCCGUCCAAGGGCUGGGAUGCGGGAUCUAUCCGGAUCCUGACCAAAGCCGUCUUCGAACACCGUGAAAGCGGGAGAAAGGUUAGAGGAGCGAACACGCACCUUGACGACCAGGGCUCGAAAGCGAGGCUUGAGGCCGCGAAGAUGAUUGUUAAGGAAGUGAAUGGAGAUCAUGCGGAACUGCCGGUGUUUUUGGCAGGUGACAUGAAUAGCGAGACGCACCAGGAGGCGUAUCGUGUCUUGAGCGCGCCAGAGUCGCCGCUCAGGGAUCUUAAUGACGCUGUGGGGGAGGGAGGGAGAUAUGGGCACGAGAAUACGUAUACCAGUUUUAACGGCGAGGAAGAGCAGAAGCGGAUUGAUUUCUUGUUCUUGGGGCCGAAGGGCAAGGACAUGUGGGAUGUCAAAGGGUAUGCGGUGCUCGAGAGUCGGUUUGAAGAUGGGGUGUAUAGCAGCGAUCAUAGGGCUGUCGUUGGGGAUGUCGAAGUGAGAGGAUAUGGUUGA